AUGAACUCAGAGUUCUCGGAAAACUGGUUCCGGAGUGCCCGGUGAAGCAUUGUGUGAGAUCAACGGCAAGUUCCCGUAAUUCUGAAAUGGUUAUUUAUGCUGUCAGUGGGUGCGGGAGAUUCCCAUUGGUUAUCCUGAUCUAUAUAACCUGCUGGAGCCGAGAGUCCGUCACCACUGUCCUCAGCAAGAGUCUAACAUGCAGACAACACUCACAGUGAGCGCCCUGCUCCUAGCAGUGGUGACAGGCAGCCCCCUCCAGGGCUCGUCACUGCAGCUCACCAACACACCGACACAAGAUACCAAUCUGGCGCCAAUUUACACGUCGGACGAGGAGCUUGAUCCAUAUUUGGUGCAAGACGAGGGACGAGAACCGUCCCUAAACUCUGGUGAAGAUGGUUUGAGUCAUGAACGAAGAAAGCGACAGACCACAGUAUCCGGAUCCGCCAACACUGAACACCUGGGUGGUGGGGCUCGGCGAGACAGCGCAAGCAUCAACUUGGGUCACACCUUCAACAAACACACAAUCCAAGGCGGCCUCAGUGUUGACCGCACCAAAGUUCCCGGCCUUGGGAGCGAGAGGAACGUGGGAGCCAAUUUGGGUUACGAGUUCAAGCCCAACAAGCAGACCUCCAUCACCGCCGGUUUUCAACACUCCCGGGGUGGAGGCCGCAGGUCCAACAGUUUUGGACUUGGUUUCAGUCACACGUUCGGCCGGAAGAGGAGAGCCACAGAGAACUUGUAAAUAACGUCUUGAGAAGAAGUGAAAGUUGAGUGUGUUCUUAAGAUGCCAGCGUUCCUCUCCAGUAUUACUAGAGGGCCUCCAGAGACCCGCGUCUAACUAGUCCUGUCAACACCUCUCAUACUAAUAGGCCUAGCUUGGCCUGGAAGCAACUGGGAGUGUGGAGUCACAAGGAAUUCUUAGUCUAGGGGUUCGAAUUCUACAAUACAUUGUUAUUUCUUUCAUCAUUUCAUUAUGAACAUUAGUUCAAUAGGGCCCAUAAUGUUAUCAUUGAACAAUAUUAUAGACGUAUUUAAUAAAUUUAACAAUAAAUAGAA